GACAACAAAGGGUCGCGGGACACCGGCGGGCGGCAGGCGGCGGUGUGCCAGUCUUCCGGAUUCCUCUCAGCCGAGGCCGUCGGCCUCCCGCCGGUCCCGCUCCAGAUGAAGUGUGAGCACUGCACUCGGAAGGAAUGUAAUAAAAAGUCAAAAACUGAUGACCAGGAGAAUGUGUCCAUUGGUGCAUCAAGUCCAACCCAGGAGAAUGAAGAGAAAGGAGAAUUCCAUAAGUUGGCAGAUGCAAAGGUAUUUCUGAGUGACUGCCUUGCAUGUGACAGCUGUGUGACUGUGGAUGAAGGACUGCGGCUUUCCCAGCAGAGUGCCAAGGAUUUCUUCCGUGUCCUUAAUCUCAAUAAGAAAUGUGACACCUCAAAGCACAGAGUUCUAGUUGUGUCUGUGUGUCCUCAGUCUCUGCCUUAUUUUGCUGCUAAAUUCAACCUCAGUGUCACCGAUGCAUCCAGAAGACUCUGCGGCUUCCUCAAAAGUCUUGGGGUACACUAUGUAUUUGACACCACAAUCGCUGCAGAUUUCAGCAUCCUGGAAAGUCAGAAGGAGUUUGUACGCCGUUAUCACCAGCACAGUGAGGAGCACCGGGAACUGCCCAUGUUGACCUCUGCGUGUCCUGGUUGGGUCAGAUAUGCUGAGCGGGUGCUAGGUCGCCCCAUCAUCCCACAUCUCUGCACUGCCAAGUCCCCACAGCAGGUCAUGGGCUCCUUAGUGAAGGAUUACUUUGCCAGACAGCAGAAUCUGUCUCCAGAGAAAAUUUUCCAUGUUGUCGUGGCUCCUUGCUAUGAUAAGAAGCUGGAAGCUCUUCGAGAGGGUCCUUCCAUGACUCUGAGUGGUGCCAGGGGCACUGACUGUGUGCUGACAUCAGGUGAAAUUGCUCAGAUAAUGGAGCAAAGUGACCUCUCCAUGAAAGAUGUAGCUGUGGAUACUUUGUUUGGAGAUACGAAGGAGACAGCAGUACGACGGCACGAUGGAGUGAGCUCAGAUGGGCAUCUGGCCCACGUCUUCAGACACGCUGCCAGGGAGUUGUUUGGCGAGCAUGUUGAGGAGAUCACCUACCGUGCAUUAAGAAACAAAGACUUCCAGGAGGUCACCCUUGAGAAGAAUGGGGAGGUCUUGCUGCGCUUCGCUGCAGCACACGGCUUUCGCAACAUCCAGAACAUGAUCCUGAAGCUCAAGAAGGGCAAAUUCCCUUAUCACUUUGUGGAGGUCCUCGCAUGCCCCAGAGGAUGCUUGAACGGCAGAGGCCAGGCACAGACAGAGGACGGCCACACAGACCGUGCGCUACUGCAGCAGAUGGAAGGCAUCUACGCCAGCAUCCCUGUGCGGCCCCCAGAGAGCAGCGCACAUGUGCAGGAGUUGUACCAGGAGUGGCUGGAGGGUGCUGAAUCCCCCAGAGUGCAGGAGGUGCUACACACCAGAUACCAGAGCUCGGAGCCCUGCACAGACAGCCUGGAUAUCAAGUGGUGACAAAGCCGAGGAGGGCAGCAGGGGACAGCUCUGAAUGGAGAGUGGAGCGUGCUUCAAGAGACAGCCGGGCGCUGUAGCUUUGGCAGCACUGCGACACGCAGCGUCAUGUGGUGCUGUCUUUGUAGUGUGUGGGAGGGAGUGGAAUGUUUUCACAUGGGAAAAGUAAUUUUUCCUCUCUGAGUAUUGUUUUAUCCCGAGAUUGUGAGAAAGAUCCCAAAGAGUGAGGCCAGGGAUAUACCCCUGUCUUUCGUGUUUAAAAACAGAAGUCCAGAAUGUGUUCUUAAGUAGUCAAGACUGUGGGGUUGUGUUCCAUGAGCCUACAAUUAUUGCUGCGAGGUGGAGACAUCAGAGGGCCAGGCUGCUCACAGCCACUGUACAGUGGAUCACACAGGCCCAGCCUUCGGCCCAGCCUGUCUCUUUCACUUGUACAAGUUUGAAGAAAUAAUUUUGAAUUCUAGGACCAGUAAGAUGGCUCAUGGUACCAGCUUUAGCUUGACAAACUUAGUUUGACCUGUGGAACCCAGAUGGUGGAAGGAGAGACCAACUUCUACAAGUCAUCCUCUGACCUUCAGGUAGGCAUCAUGGUGUGCGUGUGUACCACCAAGGCCACCCCCAAAAAAUAACUAGAAUAACGUAGAAUUUGUGCAUCAGCGAGCCACGUUGUUCUUGAUAGUCACCGGAGGUCAGCAGCCACUGUAACCCUUGGCAAGCUGGACCACUUGUGAGUGAGUCACCUUUCUACUUGACCUGUGCAUUCAGCUUUGGGGAAAGGCUGAUGAGAACAGCAGACAUCCACCAAGUGGAAGGCUUGUUUAGCAUUUGAUGUGGUGUAUAUCUGAAAGUAAGCAGAGUAGAGAAUGAAGAGGGUAGCCCACUGAGGCUUGGGGGUUCUUAGGGAGGGCCAGCUCAUUGGUUACCAUCAUGGGGCAGGAAGAUGGAGCUGAGACAGCUUCCUAAUAUCCAGCCUCCUCUAAACUGGCCCCCCAGUGCCUUUGGGCAUAAACAACACUGUCUUUCCAUACAAAGGGGCUAGAUUACCUCCUCACCUCCACAGAGCCCAUUCUCCAUGGCAGCAUCCCUUCAGCCCUCCCUACUGCAGUGUGAACAUGCCUUAGAAAGGGGGAGCUGUAUCCACACAUGGAAGUAGCUGCCCAAUGGAGAACUCCACAGGACCAUGUGACACACACCAGAACCCACCCAGGAGGUGAUUCCUGGAGAAGCCCAGGGGUGGAAAGCCCUCGAAUUUUGCUCAUGUGUGUGAUUGCCUUGACUCUGCAGUGUUGCUAUCUUUGGCUUAUGUUUUGUUACUCCUGUGAAUCUGUCUGGGAACAUAACUGGUAUGUUUUUGUAAACCAGUGGUUCUCAACCUGUGGGUCAUGACCUCCACAAAGGGGUUGCUCAUCAGCUAUCCUGCAUCUCAGAUAUUUGCAUUCAUAACAGUUCAUAACAGUAGCAAUAUUACAGUUAUGAAGUGGCAAUGGAAAGAAUCUUAUGACGGGGUUGCCACAGGAGUGGCAUUAAAGGGUAGCGGCGCAGGAAGGCUGAGAGCGCUGAUGUGAGUUAUGUUUUGCUUCCAGUCUACACGCCUUGGGUGUUUAUUCCCCAGAGGGACUGAUGACGGGAUAGACAGUGCAGCGGGCUCUGAGUGUGGAGUGGAAGGAGCCCGUUGCUGUGCUGCUGAUCCUGCCUCCCUCACCAUGCCCCAGCCCCAGUGGUAUUACCUUGUUUCUGAGUCCCUUCCUGACAGGUCAAGAGGAUGCCCAGCAGGUCAGAACACUAGCAGUCAGUGUACCAUCCGUGAUAGCAACCGAAGCUCAGUGCUGAGAUAGGAGAUGUAGGGCCUUCUGUUUCACUGAUUCUAGGUGUGGCCCCGUGAGCUUUUCAAGACUGCAGGUGCCUUUCUGUUCCUCCAUCACUUAGAAGCAUGUGGUGAUGCACACACCUUUAAUCCCAGUGCUCAGAGGUGGAGGUGGACCCAUCUCUGUGAAAUUGAGGUCAGCCUGGUUUACAGUGCAAGUUCCAGGACGGUCGGCUGCACACAGAAAUCCCAUCUCAAAAGAACCCAAAAACAGUGGAAGCAUGAAGUGCGCUAGUUCCUGACAGACAGAACCUGGGCAAAGUAGCAUGACCAGUAGAGUGGACCGUGUAUGCUGAUGAGUGGCUGGUCCCAGCAUGAGAAGACCAUGUAAUCCCAGCUCUGUAUCUACCCAGCACUGUUUUACAGUGCCUACGGUCGGUCUGGCUUGGCAGAGGCCCAGUUUCUUAGAUUCCUGCCUGUCCUGAGCUGUAGUGGUUUACACUGCUGUGGAUAACCAUGCUUAUACAUGAUGAAAUUCUGUCUCAAAGACAACGAAGUUGGUUUCUGUUACGGGUAAUAUAGAAAGGGUCUGUCAGGGCUGGGCUGUAGUUUAGGAGCAGAGCGUGUGCCUAGCUACAUGGGCACCAAGUUCAUCCUCUAAAACCACAAAAGCAGAAAGUGGGGGAAAGAUUCACUGCAUUCUUCCUGUGAUUUGUACUUGGACCGAUGUAAGCUUUGUCUCGGUGUGUGCCCUACUCAUCAUUGUUGACAUCUGGCCUUGCCAGGUGCAUCACAAGUGCGCCAACUACAGGAGUGAGGGUUGCAGUUGGCAGCUAAGCUGCAGAUGCUUGCUUGGGUGCAGCACUCAUUCGAGGGACACAGCUAUUUGGAAGGGUAAUGGAGGAAAUGUGGCUUUUUUCCCACUUGGCAUACUACGUGUGGGUUCCAUUUCUUUCUGCAUCUACACUUAAAGAAUUUACUCUGGUUCACCAUUUGAGAGUGCAGUCCGUUAAGGCAGAGAAAACAUCUCACAUAUCACCUUUUAUGAAGCACAGUAUCUACUGUGGAUGUGGCUCCUUGUAAGUACUGGGUUGCAAUGGAAGACUUACUUCGAGUUUUAUUUAUGUGUAUGUAUCUAUGUGAGUGAAAGUCAGAUGUGUAUUGGUAUCUAAAGGCCAGAAGACAAUGCUGGGUGCCCUGGAGCCAGGGUUAUAGGUACUUGUAAGCUGCCGUGUGGGUGCUGGGAACUGAAAUUUGGCCCAAGAGCAGCAAGAGCCAACUCUCCAGAUCCCUGGAUACAGUUUUGUUCAAAGUGUAUGUGCCUGCUGUCUGGCGCUGGGAGUGGAACUCAGGUAUGUCACGUGCUAGGCAAAAACUAUCACUGAGCUACAUCUCUCAUGCACACACAAGCCCUUUCUCUUGCUCUCUUUAUUUUAAAGACAGGGUCUCACUAAGUCACCCAAGCUUUGAGCUCACUUUGUAAGCCUGGAAUGGCCUUGAACUUUCCAUCUUGAUCGCCCUGCUUCUACUUCCCAGGUUCCAGGAUUAUAGAUUUGCUCCCAUAACCUGUUUAUGCAGUGGUGGGACUGAAUGCAGAGUUUGGGGUUAUACUCUGCUGGCAUUCUGAGCUAUGUCUACAGCUGUUUCUCCUCUCCCUUCCCUGCCCUCCCGUCUGCUUUUCUUUUUCUCCCUUCUUUUCUUCCUUUCCCUUUUUUCCCUUUCUCUCUCCUCCUUUCACUACUCUCCCCUACAGAAGCAGCCUGGUGCCAUGUUCUCUGGCUCAAGGGAUUGUCAGCCACCCAAUAGAUAUGACCACAGACUCAUAGCACUGCUGGAGAAGAUUUAAUAGAGAAAGGCUCAGAACCAUAGUUUUUCAGCCAGAUGUGGGGCAUGCAACUUUGAUCACAACACUCAUAAGGUGGAAGAGGUGGACCUCUGAGGUGAAGGCUAGCCUAGGCUACAUAGUGAGUCUCAGACUAGCCAGAACUAAAUGAUGGAGAGACUGUCUCAGGAAAAUCAAAACCCAAGAAUGGUUUUCCUUCGCUCUGCCUUCCUGCUCCUUUCUUUGGCCUUUUUCGGUUUUGAGACAGGUGCCAUACCCAACCACAUCACAUCCCCUCUCCCACCUCCUUUCCUGCCCCUUUCUUUCCCCUGGUCUUCAACUCCCUCCCUGUUUUGAGAUAAAGUCACAUUUAGUCAAGGCUUGCUUUGAUCUGGUUCUCUUGCCUCCAUUAUCUCCCAGCUGCUGGGGUUAUAGGAAGGAGCAACCAUGCCUAGUGCUAGUCUCUUUCAACUUCUGACAGUAAAUUUGGGGAUGGCUGGAGAGAUUGCUCUGCAGUUAUUAUGCUUACUGCUCUUCCAGAGGACCCAACUUUGGUUCCCAGGGCCCACAUCAGGUGACUUAACCACCUUUAACUAUGGCUGUAGGGGAUCUGAUACACUCUUCUGGGCUCUGCAGGUACCCACAUGCUACGCGCGUGCACACACACCCACACCCCCUUAGACCUUUAAUACCAGCACUGGAGGGAGAGGCAGGCGGAUCUCUGAAUUCAAGACCAGCCUGCUCUACAGAGGGAGUUCCAAGACAGCCAAGGCUACAAAGAGAAACCCUGUCUCGAGGACCCCCCUCCAGAAACAAAGGUAGAACCUAGAAUGUUUUUAAAAAUUCAGUUUGGAAUGUAUACUAUUCAUCUGAAAUUUAUUCAUAAAAAUCAGAUAUAUUUUCCUUGCCUAGCAUGCACAAAGUCGUAGGUCUAUCCUGAGCACCACAUAAACAGGCAUGGCAAGAGCCUUUUAUUCCAGCACUUGGGAGGUGCUGUUAUGAUCAGAAGUUCAAGGUCAUCCUCAGAACUUUCAGUGUUUGAGGCUAGCCAGGGGUAAAUGAUACCUUGUUUCAAAAAAAUAAGCAAAUAAAUUGAAAGAAGAAAGCAAACCAUCUUUCAUCAAUUUCUAUUAAUUGCUUCAAAUCAUUGUAAACUCUUUAUAAUGUCAUAACUUUAAUCCUUCCAAUAGGUAUCAGGAUUGUUUACUUUUGUUUUUGGAGAAAGGAUUACCAACUAUUGAAAUGACUUUAAAUAUACUUCUGCCAUUUUAUAGCUGUAUUUAUACAAAUUCAUGUUCUUAUCAUUGAUAAGCAUAAAAUCAAAAUUUGCUGGAGUACACAUUAACUCUCAGCACUUGGGAUGAAGAUGGCUGCGUUCCAGGCCAGUCAGGACUACAUAGUGAGACCCUGUCUCAGAUGAACCAGCAAACCAACCAAACACAUCAAUUCUGAGAAACUCAGAUGCUCUGUGUCCUGCAGGAUCAGAUAUCCAGCUGGGUGGGUGUGGAGCAGAGGUGGGUCCUGGGGGCUCCCUGGUCAGCCAGCCCUGCCAAAACAGUGACCUCUGAGCUCACUGAGAGACCCUGUCUCAGAGAAGGACAAGGGAGAAAAGCCAUUGAGGAACACACCCUGACAUCAAUCCUUGGUGUCCACCGUGGGACACGUGUAGACAAGGACAAACAUCCCAUUAGUUUACAAUUUUUCUCAUCUGUAAUAAAUGGUUAAAUUUAUAUGUACAUUGGAGAAUUGCUUUAAAACAAAUAUCUAUGAUUAUAUAAGUGAUUUGGCCAGAUAAGGUGGUACAUACCUUUAACCCCAACACUUGGGAGCCAGAGGUGGGUGGAUCUAGGUGAUCUUGGCCUACAUAGUAAGUUCCAGGCCAGCCAGGGCUGUAUAAGACUGCCUCCUUGCAGAAAGCCAAACAAAGCAACGCUGAUUUGUGUGCUUUUCAUACCAGGAUAGCCAGGGUUGUGUCAAGAGUCACUCAACAAAAAAUGGUGCAGAAUGGAAAAAGGGUUAGCCCCAUUAUAGAUGGAAAGGAAACACACGGCUGUGCCCCAGGAGCUCAAGACAAUGUCAGCGUCAACAGUGAUGGGAAACAUUUCUUGCUCUUGACUGCUUUUUCCUUUGUGUUUGGUCUCUAAAUACUUACCUAGUUAUCAUCUUCAUAGUUAUCUCUACAUCACUAUGAUGCCUCAAAUGAAUAUUUAAUGAAAUGGCUUCCUGUCAUAUUUAUAGUACAAAGCAGUUUGAACCCUUAGGAAUCUAUGCUGUAAUUACAGACACAUGUCAAAUAUAUGUAAAUGUUAUAAAGACAUUAACUUCCAAGAAAUGUAUCUUAAGUUCAGACACAGAAUAAAUUAAAAUACAAAAUGUUCCGA